CUAUCUUUUAGCAGCCUAACCUACAACUGAAGGUUACACUUAACACAAACAUUGCAAACAGUCGCUGAGGCAAACAGCAACUUUUGUCCUCCUGGAUUUGUUCUUUUAAAGCUAUACGACACUGAAAGUCAUGGUGUCCACAGGACGUCAAAUAUUGGGCAUUUCCCUGGCCAUCCUCGGAUUUUUGGGAAGCAUUGUCAUCUGUGGCUUGCCCAACUGGAAGGUGUCGGCGUUCAUUGGAGCCAACAUCGUAACCUCGCAGAACAUUUGGGAAGGUCUGUGGAUGAACUGUGUGGUUCAAAGCACAGGGCAGAUGCAGUGUAAGGUCUAUGACUCUCUGCUUGCCCUUCCUCAAGAUCUGCAGGGUGCGAGAGCCUUGGUCAUAGUUGCCAUCAUCGCCGGGGUGUUUGGAGUCAUCCUGUGCAUUGUCGGAGGGAAGUGCACCAACUUUGUGGAAGACGAGGCAUCUAAGGCAAAGGUUGCCAUCGCCAGCGGGGUCAUCUUUAUUAUUGCCGGAGUUCUUGUUCUCGUUCCUGUUUGCUGGACAGCGAACACCAUAAUCAGAGACUUUUAUAACCCCACAUUAGUCGACGGCCAGAGGAGAGAGCUCGGGGAAUCGCUUUACAUCGGCUGGGCUUCUGCUGGUUUGCUUCUCCUGGGCGGAGGUCUUCUCUGCAGCUCGUGUCCUCCAAGUGAUGACGUUCCACACAAUGUGAAAUAUUCUCAGGCCAGAUCUGUGACCAGCAGCAAAGCUUAUGUUUGAAAAGGAAAGAUCAACUGAACCUAAAUGAAAGUGAGUCGGGAAGGAAUUGAUAGGAAACUCUGAGGACAAUUGAUUUUGAACAAAAUGUUUAAUAACACACAUUGAAAUUGUUCAUAAUGUGGUUUGUACCUUAAUUGUAAAGAAAUUUGCAGAAUAUAUGAACUUUGUCACUGUUGUCUAGUACGGUGAUCGUGUCACCUUCAUCACUGUUGUGUCCCUAUUCUGGAAACCCACAAUCCCCCAGGGGUUUGUCUCUGCAUUUAGUGCACUAGCUAAUGCCAGUAAAAAGCUUCUGUCAUAUGGAAAUCUAAAAUCUGAAAAAAGAUGUGUGUGUGUGUGUGUGUGUGUGUAUAUACAGCUGUAUACAGUGUGUACAUACACUACCGUUCAAGUUUAGGAUCAUUUGACUCAAAUGUAUUUUGUGAUCUUAAAUAUUAUUUGAUAUAAAGGCAUCUGCUUACAUAUUUGAAAUUUUUUAAUUAUAAAAAAUAAUUCUGAAAAUAUAAUAACUUCUUUCAUUAGGCAACAAACAUUUUAUUUAUUUAUUUUUUAAAUGGAAGAAAAUGCAGCCAAGAGCCCAGCAUAGAUGGGAACUACUUCAAUACUGUUUAAAAAGCAUCUCAGUGUGAGACCUGAAGAAACUGGCUGAUAAAAUGUCAAAUCUGAAAAUUCAAGGCAAUUGGUAGCUAUCUGUACUUUGAAGAAACUCACAUAUAGCUUUGAUUUGUUCAAGUAUUCUCACAAAAUAAUUAUCAUCAUCAGGUAUUGUUUUUGUUAUUAUUUGUAUAUAUGUUUUUAAUUUUAUUACUAACCCUUCAAUCUAGAAAAAUAUUAAUAAGUAAUGAAUAAGUGGUUCUAGUCGUUUGAACGGUUGUACGAUGUGUAAUCCAAAAUGUCUUUCAUUUAAAUAAUUUCUGUAUGAUUACUUAAUACAUAAUUGAGCUAUAUAUGAAGUGUUAAUUGUUUACUAAAGUGACAUUGUUUUUAAUAAACACAUUAAAAAUUCGAAAGA